CAAAUCAUAUCAAGGCCAUUACCAUUGUCCAAAUCGAACAAGACCAGCCCUCUCUUCUAAUACUCCAAGAUUUCACUCUCUCCAUUUUUUUUGUUUUUAUUGAUAAUAUCGCUCUCUUAAAUUCCUUUUUCUCGCCCAGCAAGCACAAAGCCACUGCCAAAAGAAUUUGUCUAGAAUCGUUAAUCACCAACCCAGCCCAACCACCAGUACCCUUUCUUCGCCGAUUCUUGCUUGUGAUUGUCGUGGUUUUUUCUUGGAAAAGAAUAAAUAGCUCUCGUGAUUUGUGGGGUCUUGAUUACAUGCACCGUGUGGGGUACGUGAAACAAGGGAGAGUGUUAGUGGCUUAGUGAGAACCCAAAGGCAGGUGGUGGUGUGAGCGAAGAUUAUGUUAGGCCAGGUGGUGAAGGUUCACAGAGAGGAAAUAGCGGCAUGCAUGACUUGUCCUCUUUGCAACAAGCUCUUCAGAGACGCCACUACUAUCUCUGAGUGCCUCCAUACUUUUUGCAGAAAAUGCAUAUACAAGAAGAUAACUGAUGAGGAGUUGGACAGUUGUCCAGUUUGUGAUACUGAAUUAGGUUGUUCUCCGCUUGAGAAGCUCAGGGCAGACCACAGCUGGCAAGAUUUAAGGGCCAAAAUCUUCCUUUCCAAUAGAAAGAAGGCCAAGGAACCUGAAACAGUGCCCUCGGUCCCAGAAGACGUGCCCUCGGUCCCAGAAACUGCGCCAGCAGUCCCAGAAGCCAUGCCAGUCCAAGAAGCUGAUCACUCAGUUCCAUUGAUAGGUAGAAGAAAGGAGAGAUCUCUCUCUUCAUUGGUAGUCAGCACACCUAAGAUAUCCGUCAAGUCUUUUCUGACAGGAAAAAGAUCAAAACCUAUUGCCAGAAAACGAGAAUCUCCUGUUCUCAUUAAGGAGCUGGUUAAGAAAGUGGACGAUUACUAUGAGAGUUUAAGCUCACCCGAGACUUUAAGCAAAAUUGCACAAACUAAAAGGCAGAAUUCUUCUACUGCCGAGUCACCCAAACAACACAAGCCUUAUAAAGUUUCAGAGGAUGGUGUUAAACCAUGUAAAGGGAAAGCUGAUUUUUGGAAACCCUUAAAUUGCUCGGUUGAAGGUUCAAGCAAAACAAAGUCUAAUAAGUCAGAACUACAGGAAAUUCUUGUCCAAAUAAAGAAGCUUGAUGCCCAGGAGAAAGCUCAAUCACUCAAAACCAGUGUUAAGGAGCACGGUGAUAAAUCGAAAGUUAAUGGUGAAGAAUCUAACUCGACUUCAUGGCCUUCAGUUUCCGUGAAAUCUAGACGGCUGCAAGGCAUGCAACAAAAAAGAGCAGCUCCCUCUGAGGGGUUGAAUAUUCCAGCACAGACUAUUGUCGAUGCAAACAGUAAAUGUGAUACAAGAUUUAGUCCAAUAUGGUUCUCAUUAGUUGCUUCUGAUCAUGAACAGGGUGGAAGUGCGCCCUUGCCACAGAUAUCUUCGUGCUACUUGAGGGUUAAGGAUGGUAGUUUGCCUGUUUCAUACAUAAAGAAGUAUCUUGCCCAGAAGCUGGGUCUUGUUAGGGAAGCUGAGGUGGAGAUCUCAAUGCGUGGUCAGCCAGUGGUUUCAACGUUGCAGCUGCAUAACUUGGUAGACUGGUGGUUGCAGACAGCUUCAGCAUCUGAAAGAAUACGGACAACUGUGGGCAGUUCAGCUAAAGAUUUUGUGAUGGUUCUCUCGUAUGGUCGUAAAGCUCAUCCUCCGUAAACAUCUUUGCUUCAGCGGCGAAAUGUCAUCUCUUGCAACAGUGAUCUUGGUCAAGGUGGUCGGAAACAACAGUGUGUUUUGCAUCAUAUUUGCUAAAACCACUCUGCUUUCUCUCUUUUUCUACUUUUCUUGCAAGAAGAGUAGACAUAGUAGAAACUAUACACAAGUUGUAGACGAAUAUGGAUUGUUUAUGAAUACCAGAUUUGGGGAUUCUGGACUGAUGCCUGAAUCCAUGGAUUAAAUUUAAA